ACUCCCCUCACUAUUAAAAAACAACAACACUUUCACAGAAAAAUCAGAAACUCGUAGCCUUUUGUUUUCUUUUUGUAGCCAGUUGCCAACAAAGUUAACCAGCCCAGUUAGACCGCGAUGCCAGCAGUGCGCAAAUACCGGAGGGAAACUAGCGAGAUAAGCUGCUGCCUGAAGUACCUGCUCUUUGCCAGCAAUGUUAUUCUCUGGCUCUCGGCGCUGUUGGUCCUUUCUAUUGGGAUCUGGGCCUGGACGGAAAAGGACAUGUUCCGCAAUAUCACGCGGCUUCAUUUCAUCGCCCUCGAUCCGGCCUUUGUGUUGAUCAUACUGGGCGGGGUUACCUUUUUGCUAGGCUUCAUGGGCAGUGUAGGUGCGCUGCGGGAAAACACCUGUCUCCUGGGGGCAUAUGCCAUAUUUUUGAGCGUCCUUCUCAUAGCGGAGAUUGGGUUUUGUGCGCUGGCAUUUGUGCUCAAGGACAAGGGCUGGAUUAAAGACCAGGCUACGGAGGGUCUAAAGGCGUUCAUUCGUCACUACCGCGAGGAUGCCGACCAACAGAAUCUUAUUGAUUGGAUACAAGAGGACUGGCUGCAGUGCUGCGGAAUUGACGGCCCCAAGGACUGGGACAGCAACAACUACUUCAACUGCUCUUCCAUCGCCAUUGGGAGCAGAGAGGCUUGCGGUGUGCCGUUCUCUUGCUGCCGGCGACGCCCCCAGGAGCUCAUCAAGAACAAGCAAUGUGGCUACGAUGUUCGAAAGGAGGGAUACCCAGUGGAUAGGAACAUACACGAGCGCGGUUGUUUACGCGCUGGGGAGGAUUGGCUUGAGGCGCAUCUAAUUAGCGUGGCGGCCUGUUGCGUGGGUCUGCUUGUAUUGCAGGGCUUGGAACUUUCAAAGAUAAUCUAUGAAAAAGGAUGCGUUCAAGCUGGAGAAGAGUGGAUGGAGCACAAUUUGAUUAUUAUUUCGACAUCAGUCAUUGUUGCAAUGUUUUUCCAGAUAUUGGGAAUUUGUUUCGCACAAAAUCUACGUGCUGACAUCUACACCCAAAAGUCAAAGUGGCACUGACAAAUGGGUCUUGCUGCCCCCACAGCACUCUAGAAGGACUAAUAUUGGCGGUAAAUCUACGAAUCAAAAAACUACUAAUACUUAUCUGCCCAAUCGCUCUUAUAUACUAUAUCGGAGUUAACAUAGCAGCUUACUAUCGAAACGACAUUUGAAGAAUACAAGGGGGACUAUAAUUUAUAAACAAUCUAGUAGGAAUAUAAUAAUUUAUGAAUCUCAGUCAUCUUUUUCGAGAUUAUGUAUAGGUUGUUUAAAGAUUACAAGUCUCCUCGCACUAUGUUUGCUGCGCGAAAAUGAUUUCAACUUAGCUAAUGCGAAUUCAUUCCGUCUUUGUGAAUACUGACUAAAUACUAACUAGGUUGCCAAAUUUUUUCUGUUAUUACUUUGGCUUGUCUUGGCCAACAUAAGAACUUAACGAGAUUACAAUAGCUAAACAUUUUGAAUAGAUUUUCUAUACGUUUUACAAUGGAAUGUAAAAGAUGGUAACGGAGAAACAAAAAUUUUAACUUGAAAUGCAGCUGUGAUAUAUUAUAUGAAAUGUAUAGAGAAACAAAACAUGAAAUAUUGUAUGCAACAAUUUUCAAAAUACGAAACGAAAAUAAUAAUGUGAAACUCUUUCCUAAACUGAA